AUGCUGGAUUUUAUGGAUUACAUUCAGCUCUCUUUCGCUGAGGCGACGCACUGGAACCGCGACAACUCAUACUCAUCACUCACUACCACCGCUCAAUCGAUCCUUGACUUCUCCACACCUGAACGCUUGCGCGUCCAUCUUUCAUCACUUUCUACCCCCCAUUUUGCGACCAGUUACACCCUCGGUACUGUUGGGCUGCUCGAUGGAUCGGUCUCAUACCUCUUCAGUACCGUUCCAUUCAACGAUCUUCCUAGUAGGAGUGCAUUGAUCCCACUUCGAAAGAUUUCCCUGGGAUAUCGACAAGUACAGGCCCCCACAGCACCUAUACCAACUUGGGGAUGGGACUCGCUACUAGAUGGCGUGAGCAUUCCAGGGCUCAAGGAUGGAAAGCCCUCAGCACGGCAGGUUCAUGUGGAUGAGGAUAUCAGCAAAGAGGAACAGUCAAAAAAGAAGGCAACUCUCCUCCAUGCCUCCCUUCACCUUCCACCCCCCACCACUUUAUAUGCGCUCUUCCUGCGCCGGAUCUCGACGAACAUGCAGCUAUCGCUAGCAGUCUGCUCGACCCAGGGCCCACCCCAAUCUAAAUCCGCACCGCAGGCCUCAAUGCUCGCCCAACUCUCUCAUGACACGGGCAAGUACAGCAACGAGUAUCUAUUCAGUACAGACAACGCCCUAUUUGGCUGGCGCGGACUUUGGAAUUUCGGUCCAGACCCUAGAUAUACGCGCCAUGAUGCGCCAUCGCGCUUGUCCCUCCUCUCCGCAGGCGCAGAGGCAUACUACUCCCCGACAUCAUCGCUGAUCGGCAUGUCCACGGGUCUACGAUUCAGCACAUUGCCAGCGGCCACAGAGACCCCAUCACCACGAUCGCGCUCAUCCCCCUCCAGCAUCCCAACACCAAUAUCCGCAUUCCCAUAUACUCUCACACUAACCCUGACGCCCAUAACGGGUUCUCUCUCAACGAGCUAUUCGCUCCGAGCCACACCAAAUCUAGCAUUCAGCUCCCGCUUUGGCUUCAACGUCUACAGCUGGGAAAGUGAAAUGGUUGCAGGUUGUGAGCUUUGGCGCCAAACCAAGUCCAAGUCCAAGUCCGAUGACGAUCUGGAAUGGGCCCGGCGCAAAAUGCGCCUGCAUGAUUUUGGUGCUGCCCUGCCUGGCUCACCGGUCUCCCCGCUUCUAAACGACCCGGCUCGUCCCGAAUCGCCCAUGCGCUCUGCGACUAAUAAUGAGCCUGAAACGAGCGAUUCUGUCAUCAAGUUGCGUGUUGAUCAGUCUUGGAACGUCAGACUCCUUUGGGAAGGGCGAGUGAAGGAGCUCCUGGUGAGUGCGGGUGUCGGGCUGGGACCGGGCUCGUUCUCUCAGUCACCUUCGCUCUCUUCGACUUCGGGGGGCGGCUCGGCCCAGAGUGGAGGCGGGGCUCCUAUGUCGUUCUGGCGCGGGGUUGGUGUGUCCGUCUUGUAUUCAUCGUAG